UUUUCCGUUUUAGGUUAUUAUCAGAGUUUUGGGGGAGAUUCGUCUCUGUGGAAUUGUUGAAAUUAAUCUGGGAAGAGAAGAAGAAAAUGGGAAAGCAGCCGGUGAAAUUGAAGGCGGUGGUUUACGCACUUUCUCCGUUUCAGCAGAAGAUCAUGACGGGUCUCUGGAAGGAUCUACCUGAGAAGAUCCACCACAAGGUCUCUGAGAAUUGGAUCAGCGCCACUCUCCUCGUUACCCCUGUCGUUAGCACCUACUGGUAUGCUCAGUACUUCAAGGAACAGGAGAAGCUUGAGCACAGAUUCUGAAGCAUGAAGUCAGUCAAUCUCCGUUUCUACAACAACGCUAUAGUUUGAAGUCACUCCUUUUGUUUUCAAGCCGAUAAUGUUCUUUAAAAGCUUAUGUGGGGAAUCGUCUGAGUCAGUUUUUCUGAUACUCUUUUGUUAAAUAAAUGUUUUGGUUUCAUGACAAUAACUGUUGGUUGAUGUUCAUCUUUCUUUAUAUGGUAUGGAAUUGGAUUGAAUCGUAAAAACAAUCUAUUUA